ACAUUUGGUCUCAGACCUCAACGACAAUUUAGCACAAUGUGAAUAGCUAGAAAAGAGAAAAACAGUGUGCUUUAAUCUUUAAAGUAUCAAAAACCAUCCUCUAUCAAUUUUGUAAAAUCUGAGAUGAUGAAUAUCCACUAUAUAACUACAUAUACUUUUUAUUACACAUUGUAAAUGUCUACGGCCACACCUAGGCGAAAACACCAGUUCCCGUCCGAUCACUGCAGUUAAGCGUCUGAGGGUCUCGUUAGUACUAUGGUUGGAGACAACAUGGGAAUCCGGGAUGCUGUUAGGCUUGUUUUUUACAUUUCUUUAUUUAUAAUUCCUUUUGUAAACUAAAUUAUCCUGUUCUCCACAACAAAGGAGCUAGUGAUUGUUGUUGCUAGUUAGCAAACGAGGUUUUAGGAGGAAAACCAAAGCGCACUUUUUUGCAAAAUUGAUAAAAAGUUGGAAACGACUUUGAAUUGGGAUUACACUUUUUUGCGAAAGGACUAGCAUGAAUUUUGAACGGUAUGCUGCAAUUUAUUAGAAAUCGAGCUUCCGUAGAGCUGUUAAGUCGGUCUUUUCGUAAAUAUAACGUUCCCGAGUCUUCUGGACAGCUACUGCAGGAUUUAGGAUUUGUGCACAUGUCUAUGUCGGGGGUGUUUCAUUUACUACCGCUUGGUCUACGAGUACAAGACAAGAUAUGUAGACUGGUUCAACAGUCGAUGAAGUCAGUUGGUGCAACCCAAGUUAGCUUGGCUCACCUUUCGAGCAAAGAAGUGUGGAACCGAAGCGGACGAUGGGAAACAAGUGGGCGGGAGCUAUUUCGAUUGAAGGAUCGAACGGAGCGAGAAUUAUGCCUUGCGCCUACGCAUGAAGAAGAUGUUACCCAAUGCAUAGCGAGUUUUGUGGAAUCACAAAAGCAGCUGCCGAUUCGGGUGUAUCAGAUCGGAAGAAAGUAUCGAGACGAAGCAAGACCAAGAGGAGGAUUGCUUCGUGGCAAGGAGUUUGUGAUGAAAGAUUUGUACACGUUUGAUGUGGAUGGGAAGCAAGCCCAAGGAACGUACCGACAGGUGCUGGGAGCAUACCACCAGUUUUUUAAGGCGGUAGGUUUACCGUUUUCGAUGGUGAAUGCAGAUACAGGGAAUAUUGGGGGAAAACUAUCGCAUGAAUUUCAUUAUCGAAGCGAAGCGGGAGAGGAUACAAUAUGCGUUUGUCCAUCAUGUGAAUUUUCGACCAACUCGGAGCUGUUGAAAGAGACAGGAUUGGGAAAGGGACACAGUUGUCCAAAUUGUAAAGACGAGCUGACGUUGUCGUCGUCGAUUGAAGUUGGACAUGCGUUUUUGUUGGGACAAGCAUAUUCCUCCAAACUGGGAGCGAACGUCGAAGUGGAUCAGCGACUUGAACCUUUGUAUAUGGGGUGCUUUGGGAUUGGUAUUUCUCGAAUGAUUGCAGCCAUUGCGAAUGUAACUAAGGACUCCAAGGGACUCGUGUGGCCGACAAAUGUUGCUCCUUGGAAAGUGCUGGUGGUACCGUCAUCGAUGAAAUACAUGGCGGCAGCAGAGUCCGUCUAUGACGGCGUUGCAAAUGUAGUCGGUGCUGAUAAUAUCCUACUAGAAGAUCGUAGCCAGCAUUCGUUUGGGUACAAGAUGAAGGAUGCCGAACUGAUUGGGUACCCGUUUGUAAUUAUUGUUGGUUCGCAAUUUGAACGGGAUAAUCUUUGCGAAGUGCUUGUUCGUUCCACUGGCGGACGACACCGCUUGCCCUUGCAAUCUUUGCACCAGGUUCUCUUGGGCAACUUUUUGUGAUCCACAUGUCCAUCGUGAGUGAUUUCAAUCUUUAAGUUUUAAUCUUUUUUUAUUUGUUAUUUUUUUCCACAGGUUGAUUCGGAUUGCUUUUUUUAUUUUCGUUUCUAGUAGAUCCCUAGUAACGUUUUUACUCUAUUCUGUUCUACACCGUUUGCACCAGGUUGUAUAACAAAUAUUCCUCUUUUACAUCCACAUCCAACAUUCACUUCUCAUCCUCUCUCCUUCGUUCCCAGCGAGCUGCUACUCCUCUACUGUUGUUACUAGUACUCCACCGCCUGCCAUUCCUACUAUUUCUUUUCAUUUCAUUUCAUUUCCAUUAAGAUCCCACCAAAUUUUCACAAGAUCCUACACUUUCUAACUCUACAAUAUUUGUAAAAGACAAUUCCUUUAAUAAACUCUUAUCAUUUACGAUCCUUUUCGUGAUCUAUUCUUUCUACACUUUUUCAACCGUUAUUAACCCUUUUCAAACCUACGCUUUCAAACUUGUACGUUUCAUAAACGUGUCUUUUCUUCUUUGUUUUCUUUUUUUUUCUCUCCUCUUCUCUCUCCUCUCUCCUGCCUCCUACCUCUAGCUGCCCUUGGAUUGUACCAUGUACAAACAUCUCUUUGUUAUCAACAUGCAAUGCACCGCGUAACUGCCAAGUUACACUUCCAUGGUACUGGAUAAAUGAUUACAUACAAACUGAUAGUAAAACGAGGAGUAAACCGUUCAAGUGGUCCAUCUACGUUCAAUAGAGGCUUCAAGUUGCGUACUUUGACUUUAUCGAGAUUUUUAUCUCCAUGAUCAUCUCUACUGCUUAUCGCUCUCUCUCCUGUUUGCCAAUGCCUCCUACUGUGUUUUGUAUAUGCAUAUAUUAGAGAGAUAUAUAUAUAUAUAUAUGGUAGGAAGGAUGGAUGAUUGAAACUGCUAUAGUAAAGAAUAAUCCAUCAU